CCAACAGUUUCCCCCAUCUCUCUCUCUCUCUCCUCUUGACCACAAUGCGUGAGAUUGUGCAUUUGCAAGCAGGCCAGUGCGGUAACCAAAUAGGAGCAAAGUUUUGGGAAGUCAUCUCUGAUGAACAUGGCAUCGACCCCACUGGUACCUACCAUGGUGACUCUGAUCUGCAAUUGGAGCGCAUCAAUGUCUACUACAAUGAAGCGACAGGUGGGAAGUAUGUUCCUCGCGCCGUUCUUGUUGAUCUCGAGCCAGGAACGAUGGAUUCCGUCCGUUCCGGACCGUUUGGGCAGAUAUUUCGACCAGAUAAUUUUGUUUUCGGUCAAAGUGGGGCUGGAAAUAACUGGGCUAAGGGUCACUACACAGAAGGAGCUGAAUUAGUUGAUUCUGUUCUUGAUGUGGUGAGGAAAGAAGCAGAGGGAUGUGACUGUCUGCAAGGUUUUCAGUUCACUCAUUCGUUGGGUGGAGGAACGGGAUCAGGGCUGGGCACUUUACUGAUUUCUAAGAUCCGCGAAGAGUACCCCGAUCGUAUCAUGAACACGUUCUCUGUUGUUCCAUCUCCUAAAGUGAGUGACACGGUUGUUGAGCCAUACAAUGCCACUCUGUCUGUCCACCAGCUCGUUGAGAAUACUGAUGAGACCUACUGUAUUGACAAUGAAGCUCUCUAUGACAUCUGUUUCCGUACUCUGAAGCUGACCACGCCUACGUACGGUGACUUGAACCAUCUGGUUUCUGCUACAAUGAGUGGUGUUACGACUUGUCUUCGAUUUCCUGGACAACUGAAUGCUGAUCUUCGUAAGCUUGCUGUCAACAUGGUGCCAUUCCCUCGUCUCCACUUUUUCAUGCCUGGAUUUGCUCCACUCACCAGUCGUGGUUCACAGCAGUAUCGUGCUCUCACUGUUCCAGAACUGACCCAGCAGAUGUUUGAUGCCAAGAACAUGAUGGCCGCUUGUGAUCCUCGUCAUGGUCGAUAUCUCACUGUUGCUGUUAUGUUUCGUGGUCGUAUGUCGAUGAAGGAAGUUGAUGAGCAGAUGCUGAAUGUGCAGAACAAGAACAGCAGCUACUUUGUGGAAUGGAUUCCAAGUAAUGUAAAGACAGCCGUCUGUGAUAUUCCACCACGAGGUCUCAAGAUGUCGGGCACGUUUAUAGGCAACAGCACUGCCAUCCAGGAACUGUUCAAGAGAAUCUCUGAACAGUUCACAUGCAUGUUCAGGCGUAAGGCCUUCCUACAUUGGUACACUGGAGAGGGAAUGGACGAGAUGGAGUUUACUGAAGCUGAAUCAAACAUGAAUGAUCUUGUGUCUGAAUACCAGCAAUACCAAGAUGCUACCGCCGAAGAGGAAGGAGACAUCGAGGACGAAGAAGGCGAAGGAGAUGCAGAAGCCAACUGAAUAACAGUCGUCACUCCGGAGGAAUUAACUUCUGGACUAAAACAUUCUAUUGCACAUUGUGUUCAUCAAUAAGUGACAGUCUAGUGGCCAAUAUAGUCUAGCACCAUGAAAUCAACUUGUUAUGUCUGAUGAUACAUGGAUACUUGCAUUUGUGUGAUUGACACCUGCACUGUUUUGUACAAGCAAUACACAAGCCACGAAUGGCAUUGGCAAAAUUGAU